ACAGUUUAUCAGGCAGUGCCAGUUCGGUAGCGGCAUGGUGCGAACGUGCCGCCCCGAGUGAUCAUUUCAUUUUACGUAUACGUAACUUUUUGCGAGAUUACACUUUCGGCUAUGUGAGAUGUGAAGUGAAAAGUGAAAUUUGCUAACUUUCAAAAAAAAAUAUUUACAAAAAUGCGAUCAACAAACGUGAAUAACAAUGACGCUCCGUCGGUGUGAUAGUUUGCCCUCAAAGCUCCGGGAGGCACCGAUAACUGAAGUAACCCGACCAUUGAAUAAAAUACCUGAUUCCAAUACUGACCCAAAUAUCGAGCACGCUGUUGUUCGCGACGAAGUAAUCGCCACUUGGAAGUCCCUUCACAGUGACGUCAAGAAUAUAAAGAAUGGCUUUGCUGCAAAGAACGGGCCAUCGAUCCAUGGCAGGGAUAAAAGGUCCAUUACGCACACUUUCAGCCCAGCGUCCGUACGCAACAAUAGAGAAACGCAGAAGAAAAUCACUUAUGAUAGGCACGUCGUUGUCAGCGCACAGGACGCCGAUCGCAUUUCGUCAUUUCCCGCGGACUUGGGUGUUCCAGACAGAAAACCUAAGUCAGUUCGCCGACGGACCUUACUGGAACGACUUCUCUCCUGGAGGACACCAGAAUGUGACUGCCAUAUUGAAUGCCCGUCAAAAUAUCAGCCGAUACCCAAACCGCGACUUGAAGAUGUAUUGUGUACUUGUGGUGUCGCUCGACCAAACAUUGCGACGAACAAUAAGAAUAAAUACAGCGAGCGCGGACGAUCUAAAAGUGUUGGCUACGAAGCUGCUCGAGAGGUGACUCAGUUUCGCCGGUGCGCUAGCGCAGGCGCAACGGUGGGCGCUGAAACAGCAGCAGCUCUGCGAGCUCGCGCUGCACUCACAUUGGCCCGGCGGUACUACCCUGAAGGAGGCUGGGGCUGGACCGUGACCGUCGUGGGCACGAUCGUUCAAAUACUAUCUCACGGCUUACAACUUGGCGGCGGCAGCGGCGCGAUAGCAUGUACAGCCUCAGUGAAAUACCGCGUCCCUCCACUUUAUACUUACGGCUAUCUCGGCGCGUUAUCAGCGGGUGUGGCUCUAGCAUUAUCGCCAGUGACAGUGGCGCUAUGUGUACGGAAGUCUACUCGAGUUACGGCUGUCGUGGGAGGUCUGAUUGCAGCGCUCGGUUGCCUUUUCACCUCCUUCGCCACACAGUUUCACCAACUCUUCUUCAGUUACGGGACUGUAGUAGGAGUGGGGGUGGGGUUAACUCGAGACUGCUCUACGUUGAUGGUGGCUCAAUACUUCAAGCGACGCCGCGAGCUGGUGGAGAUCUUCAUCGUGAGCGGCAGCGGCCUCGGUAUCGCCGUCAUGUCGACCUUUAUCAAAGGAGCCAUCAGAGCAAUUGGAUGGCGAUUAGGACUGCAGGCAGUAACCGGAGUAGUAUUCGUCACUUUCAUACUCGGCACGUUCUACCGUUCGGCCUCCCUAUAUCACCCCCAAAGACGCGCCAUCCUACAUCUUAAAAACCAAAACAAAAUCAAGCGGAAGAUGAAAGACAGAAGCAAGGCCGACGACAGACAACCUUUCUUCGACUUUUCUACUUUGAGAUCGAAAACUGUGAGAAUCUUGCUCAUGUCUACGGGGAUAUCGGCGUUUGGGAUCAACACGCCUAUAUUUUACUUGGCUUAUCAUGCCGAAGAGGAAGGUCUGGGGGACACUGCAGAGUUACUCCAGGCAUACCUCGGCCUAGCGUGGGCGGUGGGUUGUGCAGCGUUCGGUCUGUUGGUGCGGCAGAAGUCAGCAGAGUGCCGCAUAGCGAGGCAGUACCUCACGCAGGCUGCUGUGUUCGUGUGUGGGUUGGCUACCAUGGCACUAACCGCUGUUGAAGGUUCCUAUAGUGGAUAUGUCAUGUUCGCUUGGGUUUACGGUAUAUUCUGCGGUGGCUACCACUACUCGCUGAAGAUGUACACGUACGAACGCGUGCGUUCGCGCAAUUUCGCCCGCACUUGGGGCUUCGUGCAAUGCUCGCAGGCCGUGCCUAUCGCAAUCGGCGUGCCGCUCUCUGGGUACAUAAACGUGGGAUGCGGAGGCAAGGCGGGAUACUACUUCAGUUCCACGUGCUCUCUUAUUGGAUCCCUGUCGCUCUUCUGCAUCGACCUACAUCGCCGUAGCGUCGCACAUAAGCACACCAAAGAAAACGGCGGAGGAGUAGGAUGCGAAUCUGCAUGCAGCGCGCCGCGCAGCCGCGAGCGCGAACCGCGUGCCGCCGCCGGCGCUGCGACAGCAUUAGUUCUAGGAGCAGAGCUAGUAGCCCCUGGAAGAGCGGGUCGAGAUCUCUUGCUGGACAGCAUCGGACCAGGAAGCCUCGGCUCCCCACCUCCCAACAUCCCGCCAGAGCUGACCUGCAUCAGCGAGGAGGGCGGCCUAGAUUUAGACCUAGAUCUAGACAUACCCGAACAUCUGCUAGAGGACCUGGACUGUGGCGGUGAUUGUAUUACUAGCUGUAACAAGGUGGAGAACUAUCUAAUGCUAAGCGAGUACGAAAAUAAUCUGAUAGCCGAACUGCCGAAUUUGGCCGAACGCAAAGCGAGACGGUGGUCAUUCGUGGUAUCAAACAACUCUCCUCAACCAUCCACGCCACACCACACCGACCAAGAACACCGAGCCCACCAGGAACACACCGCCAACCCAGAACACACCACCAACCAAGAACACACCAACCAGGAACACCACAACCCUGAACACCGGAACUCGGUCAAAUGGAAGAAAAAGUGCCAUAAUUCUAACAACAGACUGAUUACAGUGAUAAACGAAGCGUCGUUAUAAACUGAUCGCAUAUUACGAAACGAGCCGCAAAUGCCGCUAAAGUAUGUUCACAUGACGUAAGGUGGCAAAAAGCGAUCGCAGUCAUACAUUCUAUAUGAAGACGUGUAUCUAGACAAGUUUGUUGUGGCACUCUGACGCAAUGACGUUCGAGGCGCGCUGUGAUUGGUUGGCGCAAUCGUUUUGUGGCAUGCCACAACAGUUUAAUUGCACUUUGAAAGACACACGGGACGCCUUUUUGCAGUACUGAACAUCGAAUAACGUCAGCCACUGAUCAAUUAAUCAUUCUUUAACGACUGGAGACUUACGGCGCUUGCGGCCAGUGUGCGAUCAACGUUAACUGACAGUGGAGUAAUAUUGAGACAAUAAAUAGAGGAGUAACUUUGUUUAGUGUACCAAUGACCUAUUUAACCUCAUAAUUUAUUUGUUGUGUGUGUAUUUAGUAGUCUCAUUUGUGUAUUGUUCGGUAUUAUUUAUUAAAUUAUUAAUAAAAAUA